UGCAGUAGUUGAAACGUUGUGUCGUAUCUUAAAAACAAAAUAAUCGGUGCUUCCUGAUAAAGAUGAAAAAGGUGGUGGUUUACGCCGUCAUGGCCACCGCCUUCCUCUUCUUUUUCAUCGUCCUUUCCCCUUUGAUCCAAGACCAACGCAGAGGGCCCGGUCUGAACCGUCGGUUCGGGUACAAUAUCCGAGAGCGAGGGGUAAGCUUCGACCCCCUCGAGAACCGGAUUAAUAGCGAGAGAUCAGAGACUCGUGAUGAUGGGAAGAAAUUAGCAGCAGCAGGCAGUUUUAUGGAUGCCAAAAAUAUGAACACGGAUGUGGAUUCGAACACCACGUUGUUCAAUGAGGUAAUGGAGACGUAUCAGUAUCUGACGGCAGGUGGGAAAUUGAACACCACCAUGAGGCUCACCAUUUUGUUCCCUUUGUUAGAUAGAGACCCUAAGGAUUAUUUGAUUAGUUUCAAUGAGUUAGAGGCUUGGAUUCUUCAACAGUCACUGGAUAGGUUGAAUUAUAUGACCUCCAAUGAGUUGAACUCCAAGGACAAGAAUGGCGACUCUGCUAUUUCUUUCCGGGAAUAUCUUCCCCAGUUUUCUGACUCCGACUUAGAGAAAAAAGGGAUGGGACAUGGAGAAGCAGGGUGGUGGCAAGAGCGAUUGGAUAUGGCCGACCUGGAUCACAAUGGCCUGCUUAACUUCAGCGAGCUUAAAGACUUCUUGCACCCAGAAGACAGCAAGAACGAAGAAAUGCAGAAAUGGCUAUUGAGAGAUAGAAUGAAGAGAAUGGAUUAUGAUAAUGAUGGGAAACUGAAUUUCAAGGAGUUUGAAGACCAUGUGUAUAGUACCUACGUGAGUUACAUGGAAUUUGAAACUGCAGGAAAGAAUGUCCCUCAAGCACACCAGAAGUUUCAUGAGCUUGAUGUCAACAAGGACAAUUUUUUGUCAGUAGAGGAACUGAUGCCCAUACUUCAAUACCUCUACCCUGGAGAGUUAGCUUACGCCAGAUUUUACACAAUAUAUCUCAUCAAUGAGGCUGACGACAAUGAAGAUGGGAAAUUAUCACUGGAAGAGAUGAUUAAUCAUGAAAUUAUUUUCUACCACACAGUUCAUGCUGAUGACUCCCACGAAGAUCACGACGAACUUUGAUAAUUUCUCGUCAAAACUGAUGAAAAUCCUUAUGAAACUUUUUGUCCAAUCUCCCUAGCUCAUUCUCAUAAAUGCUUCUUUUGAUCCUGGUUUUUGAAAUCCUUCAUUUACUCCAGGGGACCAACAAUUGUAGAAUUUUACUAUUUUAUUUAUAAUUUAGUACU